CAGAAAAAACAGUAAAAAUGCAAGCAGGGCGCAGGACAAAGCACACGGGACAAAAUUGAAUUUAAUGAAUGUCAUUUUUAAAAUUUUAAAAUUUCCCACCAGUUUCGUCCCCCGUACGUCCCGACAUCGCAGGGAACGGAACCCAGAAGACAGAUGCCGGCAUCGGCCCGAGGACAUGGCCGGGGACGCUACAGGGGGGACAUUGUGGGAGUGUAGGACAAGGUAAGUGGAGAAGAGAUGCCGGAGCAACGCUGCAGGGUAUUCCCGAGUGUAGCUCGGGGUUACCACUUGUGGU